GCUUCUUGCCCUUACAUGGCGGCGAGCCGAAAGGCGGUGCUUAGUAGUAAGGCAGCCAAUGAGAAACGGAAUAACUUCGGAACGGUCACGUCUUCCACCAAUGCGGCGGCAAGUUUGCAAUCCCCGAUGUGCGCAGGAGCCAAUGAGAGCGCGAGGCAAUGCCUGCGGAAGCGGAGUCGGUGUUGGAAGGGUCACGUAUACGCCUCCAUGGCUUGGCCGAGCAGCUUCUUAUUUCUUGUGCUUUCGCUGGCGGCCGCCGUUGCUGUUCAGCCUCAGGACACCGAGCUCACGUUCCUGCUGCCGGCGGGGAGACAAGAAUGUUUCUACCAGAGCACGUUGUACAAUGGCAGUAUGGAGAUAGAGUAUCAGGUGAUCGGUGGCGCUGGCCUAGAUGUGGACUUCUCAGUCACAACUCCGUCGGGGAUCUUGCUUAUCAUGGAGAGACGGAGAUCAGACGGUGUACAUACGGUGGAGCCGACCGAUGCUGGGGACUACAUGAUCUGUUUCGAUAACUCCUUCAGCACCAUCUCGGAGAAACUGGUUUUCUUUGAGCUGAUAUUUGACAAUCAGCAGGGGGAUGAGGAUCCUGACAGCUGGGCGGACGUUGUAGAACCUGAUGAGCUUCUAGACAUAAAGCUGGAGGACAUUAAGGAGUCCAUAGAGAGUGUGAAGUCCAGGCUGGAGCGCAGUAUCCAAAUGCAGACGGUACUUCGUGCCUUCGAGGCACGAGACCGGAACCUCCAGGACAGUAACCUCGAGAGAGUAAACUUCUGGUCGGCCAUAAACGUAGGCGUACUGGUGACAGUGGCCUUCCUCCAGGUGUACAUGUUGAAAAGCCUCUUCGACGACAAGCGCAAGAUCCGGACUUAAUGCUUGUGGUGUCUCCGAGCGGGAGCCAAACACCGGCCCUUCCGCCUCGUCGGCACCUUUGAAGUCUUCCGUUCAACUUUGAGGACAUUGGAUGAAACACCUCCCAUGAUCGUGGAUAUGAUUUUCUGGGAAGCACUGUACAACUUUUUAGAACAAAUUUAUCAAAUGGGUGGAAAUCCAUUUUUUUUUUUUUGUAGCAGAGAUCUUAAAGCAAUAAUGACGUGUAAUUAUCCUGUUUACCUGAACACCUUAGAUUGAUGUCCGACCUAUCAGUCCCACAACACAGCCAGUACUGUAGCAGCAGAAAGCUCAUAUAUAUAUAUAUAUAUAUAUAUAUAUAUAUAUAUAUAUCUAUAUAUCUAUAUAUAUAUAUAUAUAUAUGUGUCUGUACCCCCAGAUUCGCCACUUUCAGGGAAAAUACAGUAGUAACAGCUUUCCAGGAACUGCUCGGUCCUGUUCUGGCUCUGGAUCAGAGGCUCUUCUUUAAUAGACUUGGUGCAAGUGUAACGCUAUUACACAGAGCCUGAAAGGCAGCACCAGGAUUGCAAUAAAAGACACAAUUCAGUUAAAGGGAUGGUACAACGGGACUUCUGCCUCAUUGAGAUGCUCACAGAGGCUGGGGACUCAGUAAGGAGCCAAAGAUGAAUGGGGUCAAUGCUGGUUUGGGCUUCUUCCCAAAAGUUCCCUACAACAGCAGCAAAGCGGCUUUUUGGAGAGAAAAGUCAUGUGCCUACACAUUUCCCAACCAGUUGUUUUCUUCUCUUUCUGCACUGCCUUACUGACACUGGGGUCGUUCAGAAACCCAUGGCAACCAAUCAGAUAUCUGCUUUUAUUGUUCUACCUGCAGCUGUUUUUUUAAAAAAAAAAAAAAAAAAAAGGCUUAUCAUUGAUUGGUUGCCCAGGUGCAGAUUUAGCCAGGGUUUAGAAGUGACCCCUAUUGGUUUCCAAGCACAAUAAAUAGACAUGGUCUCAGACUUGCUAUUCAUGGACCAAUAAUAUCUGCCAACUUGGCUUCUCUAGGCUGAGUCUGCAGGUGAUUGGUCAGUGUAUGAG